AUGACAGACUCCAAAACCCUCGUCCCAGAAGACUUCUUCGCCGACCCCAGCGGCCGCGUCUUCAACGACCGUCUCUACAUCUACCCUUCCCACGAUCGACGCACGAACAUCCCCGACGACGACAACGGUUCGCAGUACGACAUGGCGGAUUACCACGUCCUCUCGAUGGGGGAGAUCGGUGGGGAGGUCACGGUCCAUGGCAAGGCGUUCGGGGUCGAGGAUGUCCCUUGGGCGGAGAGGCAGUUGUGGGCGCCCGACUGCGCGUUCAAGCAUGGGAAGUAUUAUUUCUACUUCCCCGCGCGGGAUCGAGAGGGGGUUUUCCGCAUCGGUGUCGCGGUGAGUGACACCCCUGAGGGGCCUUUCACGCCGGAAAGGGAACCUAUCCGGGGGAGUUUUAGUAUUGAUCCCGCGGUGCUGGUGGAUGAUGAUGGGGAGGCGUAUCUCUAUUUCGGUGGGAUUUGGGGCGGGCAGUUGCAGUGUUGGCGGACCGGCCAAUUCGACCCCGACGCAUACUCGACGAUGGAGGCCUCUCGCGAUGAAGACGCGCUUAUGCCAAAAGUCGCCAAGUUGAGCCAGGAUAUGAAGUCUUUCGAAAGCGGCGUGCAGGAUUUGAUCAUCAACGAUGAUAUCGAUGGGAAGCCGAUUCGGGCGGGGAGGCAUGAUCGGAGGUUUUUUGAGGCGGCUUGGAUGCAUAAGAGAGGCGGGAAGUAUUAUUUCAGUUAUAGCACUGGGGAUACGCAUUAUAUCGUUUAUGCGAUGGGGGAUUCUCCGAUGGGGCCGUUCACCUACGCCGGACGCAUUCUGGAGCCAGUCCAAGGCUGGACGACGCAUCACUCCAUCGUCGAAUUCAGGGGCAAAUGGUAUCUCUGCUACCACGACACGUCCAUCUCAGGAGAAAACAAUCUGCGAUCCGCAAAAAUCAGAGAGCUGGUCUACGACGACCAAGGUCACAUCAAACUAGCUCAACCACAAGCAUAA